AUGAGCAAUCCAAAUUUGACUCGUAGAAACACUCAUCAAGAGCCAGGUUCGAAUGCCAGGAACGUACCAGAGGGAGGAUACAUCACUUCAGAUCAAGUUAACGAAGUAACUGACUUUCUUCAAAUUAUCAAUAAGGAACUUGAAUCCCUUAAACAGAAAUCAAGUAGUCCAUCUAAUUGGGAGAAGAGUUAUAAUUUAUUCAUUCGUGGAUAUUAUAGAUGUAUGGAUCCAAUGAUUAUGUUGGCUAUUGUUCUUUUCUUUGUCGUUGCGUUCUUUAAUUAUCAUAGUAUAAUUGUGAUUAUAAAGACAAAACAGGUUAAUCAUGCUAUUAAGGCCGCACAGCAAUCACAAAAGUGA